AUGCAUCUAGAGCAGGUUCAUACUCAAAAUCAAGAUUAUCAAUAUCGAGAGCAAGAACAUGAGCAAGAACAUGGGCAAGAACAUGAGAAAGAACAUGAGCAAGAACAUGAGCAUAAGCGAGGACAAGAAAGUCAGUGUUUUGUCGCAAACUCAAAUAGUAAAGAACCUGAAAAGGGAUCCCUUUUGAAUUUGCCGAAAACUUCACGAUUUUUUGACAAUUCGUCAUUGCCAAGUAUAGACAAGUUAGAUUUAAAUUUCCACAACCGUGGUAAACCACUACUGAUAAAUGGGCAAAAGUCUGGGUUUACAUACAACCCUCACAAUAAUGCCCAAUUCUAUGAUCCACAUUUGUCUCCGGUAAAUGUGGACAACUUGCAAACAAAAUUCACCAUUACUGAAACACCAAACACACUUUGGAAUGAAAUUCCUUUCUUUCAGCUAAAUGAAGACCUGGCGAAAGACCCCGUGGCCCUUAUAGAUAACUCUGAAGAUGUCGGGAAACAAUUUGGAGCUAUCAAAGUCAAACUACCGUAUAUGAACCAGAAAUUGAUUCAAUCCACCUGUUGUAUCGACUUUGAUGCUUUUAAGUUCAAAACUCAAACAUUAGAAAUAAUACCAACAGAGGAUGAAUUUUACACGAGGUUGAGAUUCUUGAAACAGCUAUCUGACAUUCACGAGAAGAACGCUAAAGCUAAUGGAAAUGCUCUGAGUUGUAAACAUAUUUCCAAAUCAGAACAGAAGAUAAAACGCGAGAAUAUGGAUAUAAACUCCGAUUUCGAUGUGGCGAAUGUAUUGGAAACUAGUAAAAAACCAAUUGACUUGUACAAAUUAUUCAAGUUGGUAACAAUAAAUGGAGGUUUUACUGAAACCAACACAGACGAUCAUUUCUGGACUAAAACUUGUCAAACUUUGGGACUUGGAAAGGACCCCUCUGAUAAGGGAAUCAAAAACAUGAAUUGGCUUCGAUUGGUUUACCAAAAACUAUUAUUACCGUUGGAGAAUCGCUUGAACGAAUAUUGUCAACAAGGACACGGCUUGGAAAAUCAUGUAAAUGAAACCACAAUAAAGACUGAAAUAAAGAAUGAAAUUGCUAUAAAGAAUGAAAUUUCAAUCAAGGUAGAUAGUGGUGCAGAAACUUUAAGUAACGGAAAGCGUAAUAUAGAACUGAUUUUACCUCUGGGAAACAAGAGGUUAAAGAUUGAAUCUGAAUGCGUACAGAGUGACAUUCCACCAUUGAUUACCAACUCUGCUAAGCUGUUUAGUCGUCGUUUAGGAGCGAAAGUAGCCAAAGGCUUCUUAACAAGUUCAGCAAAUGAUAUUGUGUUAAGACCUCCAAAUACAUUUACGGUUGAAAAUACAGAAAAGCCGUUCAAAAGGAGUAAACGUAAUGCAAACGGCAUUGACAAAAAAGUGUACACUACAAUCAAACCUCAAACAGAAUUGGCAUUCUGUUUGGAUUACAUAGAAAACGCUGAUGACUAUAAUAACGGUAAUGAUCAUUCAACAUUAGAAGCAAGAGACUCUGCCAAUUCAAAUUAUACACUUCGGCAAUUUAUGGAGAAAGAUUUGGCAUUUCAAGAUUAUUUGGUUCAAAAUCUGACAUUUUUCCACAAAACAGAGAAAGAUAAACACACCAUAUCAGACAAGGACUUUGAAAUACUUUAUUGGAAUUAUACUCAAGAGAAAAAGCAAUCAAUGGUUGCAACUAGUGUAACACCGCAACCGCUUCUGCCAUUGAAGCCACCACUGCCAUCACACUUAGCUCGACAACCCGCAACAGAGGAUUGGUUAAAACGUAUAAAGGAGGUAGAGGCUGGGAUCGAUCUCUCGACUCGUGUACAUGGUUCUGGGUUCUGCAAACCAAGCGAGGAUUUGCUCGCCAAAAAGCGUUUAUUUGCAAAAAAUUCACACGCUGCAGAACAACUAACACAAGCAGCGGCAUUGACCCUACCUUCGAACGAGGAGUAUCUACAGGCAGCACUGUUCCCGUGGAAUUUGCACAACUUUUCUUCCUUGUCUAACCUGAUUCUCGGUAUCUUAUCAGAAGAAGAUUUUUUGGGACCAAGACUUCAAGAGCCUAGAAUCAAUAUUGAUAUGACAUUUUCUAUUCGGAAUUGGACCUGCGAGGAUCAAUUUACUCAAUUAAUCAGUUACCAUCAUUUUGGAGCUCCCAAGAAAUGGAUUUUUAUUCCCGAGUCUGAAUUUGAAAAGUUUGAAAUGUUAUUAGAAAAGGUUACACGCGAAUACCGCUCUUUACCCUCCUCUUCUAAUAUAUUUCCUUCUUCUUCGAUUAAUUGCUAUGAGCCAGUUACCGCUCAAAAACUAGCAAGCAUUUUAUCCAAAGAUGAGAAUGAUGUUAUGAGUUUAGCUGCCUUUGCCAUAAAACACACGCAUUUAACCUACUCCAAUUUGAAAAGAUUACCAUUAAAGAAUAAUAAAUUACAUGCAUUUAUGAACCAACCAGCAUUUCAACGUAAUCAAGAUAUUACAAUUACCUUAGAUUUACUUGAUAGCCACAAUAUCAAAUAUACAACUUCAAUACAACAUCAAGGUGAGUAUAUAGUAAAAUAUCCAAAGACAUAUUCAUUCAGUCAAUCCUAUGGAUUUAACUGUACAGAAGACGUUAACUUUGCAUCAAGUAUUUGGCUAAAUUAUGCACUUGAAGGUGAAAAAUGGGUUACACAACAAGGCAUAUUGCCCAAUUUCCUGGUAUUUAAGCUCCUUGCAUCGGUUGCAACAUCGUAUGAUAGCGGGGAAUUUAUUUCUUUUAAUGACCAAGUGUUUGCCAAGAUCGCAAAGCUCUAUGAAACAGUACUGCUGCGAGAACUACAACUUCGAGAUCAAGUGCGAGCCCUAAAGAUUAAAGAGUGUGGCAUCUCUUUUGAUGACAAAGAGCUACAUGAUAUUGUAGCUGACGACAAUCUUGAGUUUGCUUUUCCCACUCGAAUACUCGUGUCAGAUAAGAAAUCAAAUAAGGAAUCAAUUCUGAUGUCUAUGGAUACUUUUCUCAAACAUCAUGCAGGGGAUCAAGAUUUGUUUAAAGACUUGCACAUUGAAAUGCAAACGUAUUAUUCAGAUGACAAAAUUCGAUCCUUUUCAAAGAUUUUUGGCGAGUAUUCUGUUGAUUUUCAGAGUUGGCUUGCAAACUUUGAGAAUAUAAUGAGUGGUGAACUGGUGAAAGAACAAAGAGAAGAGAGGGAAAAGGAGCAGAAGCGAGAUAGCGUAAGUGAACAAAAGAGUGAUGGAAAGGAAUCAGAGCUUUCUUUAAAGCAUUACAAACAAUUUCUAAUGGAAGGGGAAAAGAUCUACUCAUGUAUAUCUUCAACUUCCUUGAGUACCAGUGAGAGUUUUGACAAGGAAAAAUUCCAGCGUUUCAAAUCGCAUCUUCUUUCUCUCAAAUCAUUUAUAGCUUCUGCGACGCAAUUUGUGGAGGAUUGUCAAAACAUUCUAUCCUUGAAGCAUCAGCAGCGCAUUAGAAAUGUUCAAGAUCUGUCAUCUGGUGAGCGUUUGGUUUCGUUGCAUGAUCUUUUGAAAUUAGUAGAAGAGAUACCAAAAUUAAUAUUUACGUGUCCCGAAAUCGAUCAAUUACUCGAACUCCAAAACGAAAUGGAAAACUUUGACAAAGCUUGUCAAAAUCUUAUAUCCAAAAAAAAUAAGUCCUUGCAAGAAAUUGAGGAUUUGAUAAACCUUGGGGAAAGUUUUGGUUUGAUAAUUCCUUCAUUAGAGUUUUUGAUUAGAAUCAGAGAUAGAAUAAAGUGGAUCCAGAUCUACAAUUUAAUUGAGAAGGGUGUUGAUCCAUAUGCCGAUAAGAAAGAAGUGUUCACAAUUGAUGAUUUAAAACUUUUCCACAAAGAAGGUUUAAGCAUUCUUGCGACUCAAGAUUUGCAACGUAUCAAAGGUAUUGAGAAAAUAUACAAUGAAAGUGUCAUAUUUGAAGAUCAAGUUGGCAGAUUCUUACACUACAAUUUUGUACAUGAUCUUGAUUUUGAAAAGUUAAAUGCAAUCAUCGACGACUUUACGAACAAAAAGUUGUUCAUAUCCUUGAAUAACUACAAUAAUUUGUCAAAGAUCCAUGCCAAUAUGAAACUUAUACAACAAUAUAAGGAAAAAAUAUUCCAACAGCAACUGCAAUUGCAGUACAAAUACAGAUACCCUGAGCUAAAGCAAUUGUACAACUCUAUAAUGGAAUGUGGACUUAAAUUCGAUGUUAUAAAAAUCGAACAGAUUUUACCAUUGGCGGAGAAAUGGGUCGAGAAAGCGUCACGCUUAUUUGAUAAGGUUAAGCUUUAUACCACAAUGAGGAGAAAAGUCAAUUUGGACAAUGUGAAUCAAAAACUUACGAUGAAUGGGAAGUUAGUUGAAAACUUGCUCCGUGUAUUGCAGAAAGCAGAGUUCAAUUUAUCUCCUGAUGACGUUUACGAAAAAUCGUCAUCAUAUUUACAAUCCAUUAACUCCGAGGAAAAUUCAAAUUAUUAUUGUCUUUGUCGAGAGUACGAGAAUGGUACAAUGGUGGAAUGUGAGUCUUGUAACGAGUGGUAUCAUGUACCCUGUGUCAAGACAAUUAGCGAUACCAAUGCGGAACAUUACGAAUGUCCGAUUUGUCUCUUUUUUAAAUCAUUACAGCUGGGCACGCAACAAGAGCAGGGUGUAAUUUUUUUGAAUCAACUCAGUGAGGAGGAUCUUUAUUCUGUGUAUGAAGAGGUACGCAAUUUACCGUGUCAGCCUGUGAAUGAGGUGGACAUAUUGGCAGAUUUGAUCAAUUUAGUGACAAAAUUCAGACAAGAAUUUCAACAUAGAUUAACAUGGAUUAAGCAAGAAGAAAUGGAUUUGGUGGCAAAAUUGGACGUUCUUCGAUAUGAAGUACGCAAAUUAUCUGGAUGUGGAGUGCACUUUAAAGAUUUUUCUCAAGAGCUAAUUGGAAUGCUGAAACAAACCAUGGGGCUUAUAGAGCUGCAGAAACAACAAAAAGAGCAAAAUACACUGGGUGUUGAACAUCCACCACCAAUUGCUGCUUUGGUUCCAGAAAUAGCAUUUAAUACUCUGGCAAGCAUGUUGGCUGAUGUGACUCCUAGUAAAAAUGAUUUCCAUCAAAAUUCUGUGGCUCCAAUUUUGUCAAGCACUCAACUGGAUGGUGCAACUUCGCAGAAUUUGAGAGUGCUUAAUGAAGAUGAAAACAAACCUCAGUUAAUAGUCAACAAAAGGGAUACUUUGGAAAUUGAUACCAAGAAAAAGAGCAGUGAUAACAACAGAAACAGCGACUGUUUGUCCCAAGAGUUAUCAUUUGAUGAUGGUGGUAGUGGUGUUGGUAGUGGUGUUGGUAGUGGUGUUGGUAGUGGUGUUGGUAGUGGUGUUGGUAGUGGUGUUGGUAGUGGUGUUGGUAGUGGUGUUGGUAGUGGUGUUGGUAGUGGUGGUGUUGGGAAUGGAAAAAAAUUACUUUCGAAUAAAGUUCAUGAUGAUGGAUGUUCUAACUCAUUGGGAACUGAAUUUGAAUAUAAAGAUGAUACUGCUGUGGUUUUUUCAGCGAAUGGCGAACCCCUAGAUAACCACAACCGAAAUCAAAUUCAAAAUCAAAAUCAUCCAAUGGAAGCUAAAAUUCAACAACUUGUGCAUGACGUAUACUCAGACAAUAACCUUGAGCCUUCUUCCAAUGAUAUAACAAAAAAUUUAAACAACUAA